ACAACGGAGGAUGGUCCAUAAAAUCAUGUAGGAGGAUGCAGCGUAGCAACUUGCACUUGAAGAACAGGGUAUAAGAAAGAGGGGAAAGCUAAUUUCCAGUCCUGCUUUGCUGCAUCUCUUCUGUGGAGCACAAGCAUAUUUUUCUCUUUGAAAAGAAAAACGGAAGAAAAAAAGAAAAAUAUUGACGGAGCAAACUUCCAAAGGACCGGACCAAAGCGGCUAAUUUACGAUAUUUGAGAAUUUCCUUUGUCACCUUCACCUCUCAAAAGUACACCCACCGCUUUGCAUCAUCAGUUCAUCACCCUCUCCUUUUUUCUAUUAUUAUUAUUAAAAGAAAAAUACAAGUCUAAAUAUCAAAAGCCGUUUAAGCAUUCCACUCAUUCAUCGCCACUUCGCGAAAUUUCGCUCUUGUCUCUGCUCUGCUCUGCGCCGCUUUUAAUUUUUUUUUUCUAUCUUCUUUGAAUGAAUGAAUACUUGUUUACGCACACGCUUCUAAUUUUGAUACCAAUUCGCUAAACCUUCUUCCUUCUGGAACUCAACCCUUUUCUUUUAUUCUGUAUUUUUUAAUUUUUGAAUGGCGAUAUCCGACUCACCGGAGAUUUUAGGGAGCACGGCAACGGUGACCAGCAGCUCUCACAGCGACUCAGAUCUUAACCUCUUGUCAAUUCGUCGUCGAACCUCCACCACCGCCGCAGCCAGAGCUCCGGACCGUGACGAUUCGGGGAAUGGCGAGGCCGUGGACGAUAGAGAUCGAGUGGAAUCGGCCAAUUUGAUGAGUAACGUUGCAGAAAAUGCAAACGAGAUGCCAAAUAGUUCCGAUACAAGAUUCACGUAUCGGCCUCGUGUGCCCGCUCAUCGGAGGAUCAAAGAAAGCCCUCUCAGCUCCGGCGCCAUCUUCAAACAGCAGAGUCAUGCGGGUCUGUUCAACCUCUGUAUAGUAGUGCUUGUAGCUGUAAACAGCCGGCUUAUUAUUGAAAACCUAAUGAAGUAUGGGUGGUUGAUUCGAUCUGGAUUUUGGUUUAGUUCAAGAUCGUUGAGUGACUGGCCUCUUUUUAUGUGUUGUCUUACUCUCCCGAUUUUCCCACUUGCGGCCUUUGUAGUUGAAAAGUUGGUGCAACGGAAUUAUAUAUCUGAACCCGUUGUUGUUUUUCUUCAUGCAAUCAUUAGCACAACUGCGGUUUUGUAUCCAGUUAUUGUUAAUCUCAGGUGUGAUUCUGCAUUUUUAUCAGGCGUGGCAUUGAUGCUGUUUGCUUGUAUUGUCUGGUUAAAAUUGGUCUCCUAUGCUCAUACUAACAAUGAUAUGAGAGCACUUGCCAAGUCAGCGGAAAAGGGAGAUGUGGACCCCUCGUAUGAUGUUAGCUUCAAGAGUUUGGCAUACUUCAUGGUAGCACCCACAUUAUGUUACCAGCAAAGCUAUCCUCGUACACCAGCUGUUCGAAAAAGUUGGGUGGUUCGUCAAUUUAUCAAGUUAAUAGUAUUUACCGGACUCAUGGGUUUCAUAAUAGAACAGUAUAUCAAUCCAAUUGUUCAGAACUCUCAACACCCUUUGAAGGGGAACCUUUUAUACGCCAUAGAGAGAGUUUUGAAGCUUUCAGUUCCAAAUUUAUACGUGUGGCUCUGCAUGUUCUACUGCUUUUUUCACCUCUGGUUAAAUAUACUAGCUGAGCUCCUCCGUUUUGGGGAUCGUGAGUUCUAUAAAGAUUGGUGGAAUGCAAAAACUGUUGAGGAGUAUUGGAGAAUGUGGAAUAUGCCUGUUCACAAAUGGAUGGUUCGCCAUAUCUAUUUUCCAUGCUUAAGGAACGGUAUACCAAAGGGAGUUGCCAUUGUUAUUGCCUUUUUAGUUUCUGCGGUAUUCCAUGAGCUCUGCAUUGCUGUUCCUUGCCACAUGUUUAAGUUAUGGGCUUUUAUCGGCAUCAUGUUUCAGGUUCCCUUGGUCUUGAUCACAAAUUAUCUGCAAGAUAAGUUCAGAAGCUCAAUGGUGGGAAAUAUGAUUUUCUGGUUCAUAUUCUCCAUUCUUGGUCAGCCAAUGUGUGUGCUUCUAUACUACCAUGAUUUGAUGAAUCGCAAAGGGAAAGCAGAUUAAUCUACUACAUUUUACAACGACCUGGUGCCUAGGGAUGCAACUUGAUCCAGUAGCGGCUGUAGAUUGGUUUUUUGCACGGUAACUCAUCUAUCUGAUGUAGCAUUGCUCUGCUUGCUUUGGAUUUGUAUAUUUCACUUCCUGCUGAGAUGUUUUGAUGACCCAUAAUAUCAUUUUCCUGAGCGGAUAUUUGUUAAUCCCAUCAAUUCACAAGCAAUUUUGAAAGCAUAAAGCACUAGCAGUGCCACAAAUGUAGUACACGUAUCAUCCCGCUGACUGUUGUGUUUAUCAGUGGAAAGUUGUACAUGAUGCACGCUCGGCCUCUUGUCUA